GAGGCAGCAACUUCUUCCUCUUCUUCUUCCACGAGUGACACACGAAUAAAAGACGACUGCAAAUUUUAACAUGCAUGUCAUUUAGCUGUCUAAUUAAGUAAAAAUGUUUAACAGGAGAGUUGAGCGUGCCGCUGAAGCCUGCUCGAAGGAAGAAAAAGUCAGCAGAAAGAUUUCUGUUAACGACUGUCGCGGUAAAAACCAGCAGCAGACUGAAUUUAUACUGGAAACCAGAGGUCUGGACUUCAAUGGCUUUCUGCAACUUCUGCGCCAGGUAUUUAGAAUCCAUGCACAUGAAACAUUUGUGUUGGUCACGACGGACAGAACCGUCCUGGAUUUUGACCGAUUUGAGGAGCUUCAGGAUGGCAGCACCCUCAACUUGUUUCAAGGGAAGGCCCAAGCUCAGUCAGCGGCAAUGGAGGAGCGAAUCACAUUUGAACCUCAUUAUGAUACAUUGAUUCGGAGCGGCAUGGAAGAGUACUACUCAAGUCAGGGCGAGAAACCAUUACCGUACGCACUUGCUGAGCUGAUCGACAACGCCCUCUCAGCCACGGCUAAAAACACAGGAGCGAGGACAAUAGAGAUACAGAUGGUGUUCGAUGAAAACGUUGGGAAACCCGCAGUGAUUGUUUUAGAUAACGGGUGCGGGAUGACUUCUAAACAACUCAAAAACUGGGCAGUGUACAGACUCUCGAAGUUUAUCAGAGAAAACGGAUCAUUUGGAAGUGAGCAAGAGGAUUAUGUCCGGCCUGAUCCUGUCCCGCGUAGUCUCAACAGUGAUAUAUCCUACUUUGGCGUCGGAGGAAAACAAGCCAUUUUCUAUAUUGGAGACUCAGUCAGGAUGAUCACUAAACCAGUCGGCUCCCCAGAUGUUCAUGAGCUGGUUCUGUCAAAAGCGGAGUUUAAGAGAAAAGAGCAGAACAAAGAGGAGAUUUACAGCACGAACAUUAGACACAGGAAGCCCGGUGACUCCUCACAUGUGAAUAAAGCCGAUGAGCGCUUUCUUCACACCCUUAUUGCCGAGGAACGUGGAAAGGAAAGCUUCACAGCCGUGGUCAUUUCAGGAGUCUUUCCGGAGCAUUUCAUCUUUCUGAGAAGGGAGUUUGAAGUGUGGACCAGACAGCUAGCCCACAUAUAUCACUAUUAUAUUCAUGGAGUCAAUGGAAACGACUUGAGAAACAGCUCUACAAACUCAGAUCAUCUCCCUACAAUUGACAUACUGAUCUCUCUGCGCGAAAAACCUCCCAGAUGUCCCCGUACGAUUAAUCUCCGGGAGGUUGACAACGACAUGCAGACUCUGUACAUAUCUUCUGCUGUGGACACCUUUGAGUUUAAAGCUGAACAAAACGGUGGCAUGAUCGACGGAGUCAUUCGCUAUCAUCCUUUCCUCUAUGACAGGGAGACUUACCCUCAGGACCCCUAUGCCGAGCAAGCCUCUUCUGAUGAUAACGAAAAUAAUGAGUCUGGAGACGUGCAGCAGGCGAGAGAGAAAAGGCCGAUAUUUCAGUGUUUCUGGAAUGGGCGGCUCAUACCGUACACAACUGUCGCUGAGUUUGACUGGUGUACGCCCAGCAAAGGAGCAAAGGAGAUUCCAGAGUGUUACAGUCGAAUUUCAGGGGUGCUUUUCACCGACGACAAUUUCAAAGUCAGCACAAACAAGCUCACUUUCAUGGAUCUGGAGCAGAAACUGAAGAAUAAGGACACAAUCUUCAUACACGUUGUUAACGGACAGAAACAAAGAAGUCACAUUCAGAAGGAGUUUACUCAGUGGCUAAGAAAGUGUCACGAGAAUUGGGACAAGCAAAUUGAGUACCGGGGCUACAAGGAGACCAUAACGCGAACAGAUUUGCCAAAGAAAGUGCAGUAUCCCUGGGCGACAUUCUCCUCCAUCGAGUGGGACGGCAAAAUUUACAAGAAAGGCCAACUUGUGAAAACUCAGAAAACUCAGCCCAUUAUGUACGGUAGCGUGGUUCGGUUUUUGCUGUACGGAAAACAUGACGGAGAUAUUUUUGCCACAGGGGGACAGGUUGAGUUGGCUUUGGAACCCAAAGCAUUUCACGACACGAUCAAGACCAUACCCAUUUUCAAGAUUGACAAGACUGCCUCUAAUGAAGCCAUCAAGAAACACAUUGACAAUGACUUCGCCAGGCUUCCAGUGACUCUGAAGGUUAAUUGGCCGAAUGAUGAGCAGUGGCCAAAUAAUGCUGUUCGUCCAGCUGGGAGCAUUAUUGGGGAUCUGCAAAUCCAAAUUCUAAACAAGAAGGGAGAGCCGAUAACCGUGUUUCCAUCGGUGGGCCAGGGAACAGGGAAAAAACUGAGUAUUGUGCUCAAAGUCACCCAUCAUGGUCCUAAAGGGAAUCAAGACGUUAUGUGUUACGUUGCCCCGCCUUCUGCACAUUGGGGUUACUGUUCAAAUUACGUGGAACUGACCCAGCUGGGGAAGUAUACGCUGUCCCUGCUCACCAUAAUAAAAGAAAGUGAUGCCACCUCCUUUGGCGGCAAAGAGCUUCCAAGUUACAAACUCAACUUUACCGUCACAGAGGGUAGCGCUGAGACAUUCGUUAUGGGUACAGUGAGCCCCACUGCUCGCAUUGGAGUGCCAUUUAACAUUCCUCUGCUGAUAAAAGACGGUUAUGACCACUCAGUGACGCCUCCUCCUGAUCUGCAGCCUGAACUCAAAUGCAGUGGCCUGGACCUGAGUUACGAGACAGUGGACAGCAGUGGGACCACGCUCACCAUCAAAGGCGUCAAAGCAAUCGCAAAAGUCCGGAAUUACCAACAAUCAAAGACAUUUGAUGUUGAAGUGACCGUGCCUGGCUUGAAAAACACAGGGACUUUCAAGAUCAGUCUUCUUCCUGGUAAUCCGCAUUUCCUUCAUGUGACGCCAGAAGAAAACCCAUUAUCAGUUGAGAAUGGAAACUCUGUCACGUUCAAUGUUGAAAUUCGUGACGUGGGUGGAAACAUCACUGCUAAUCCCAGACAGACCGUUCGCUGCCAGAUCACGGGGUUUCCACCAGUGACAGCGGACUGCAGCACCACAGGAGCUGGACAGCUUGUGACAAAACCCAUAGACCUGAAAAUAGUCAUGGGAGAACCACAGUAUCUCAAAGUUCAUUUUGAUAUGCCUAGUCAGAAGAAGGUCGAGUUGGUCAUGAGGGAGCUGAAGGUCGUGCCGGGAACAAGAGUCGCCCGCAUGGAGCUCUGCAGUGAGGAUGAGAGUUUGGUGCUGAGGAACAAUGAGAAAAUAGAGUGGCUGGCUGGAGGCUUGAUGGAGAACCUGUUCUACAAACUGUAUGAUGAGGCGAAUAGAGAGGUGCCUCCGAGUGCAGAAAUAGCCUCCAAGAUCAAGGUUAACUGGACAGGAGACUUGAAUCUGGAAGAUUUGGUCCAGGGGAAGCUGCCCGACAUACAGGUGCCCACGCAGGUGCAGGUACAGGCAGAGCGUUUCUACCAGGUGGCCUACCAGGACCAGAGUGUGUCUGUCUCCUUCAGCAUAGUGCCUCAUCCAGAUAUACCAGCGCGGCUGAAAGCAACGUUAAUCCAGAGCGCAGUGAAGCUUGGUGAAAUCCUACCUGGAAACAUCAAUUUGGAGCUCAUGGACCAGUAUGAUAACGUAACCAAGAUGCUCACACCCACCUGUAUGAAUCACAUGACCGUGGAAGCGGAAGGUUUGGACAAAUCAUCCAUUGUCUUUAAAUGGCAGGAUUUCAGCAAGUCUGUUCUGGUUACUGGGGUGCGUUUCCAGUCUGGCACUCCUGGCCGCAGGGAGAUAUGCUUCAGCUAUAAGACCUUUGUGGAGCGCGUCAUGGUUAAAGUGACCGCUGGCGUCCCUGCAGAGCUUAAACUGGUCAGCGGGCCAAAGCAGCCUUUGCAGGUGUUGAAUGACAAAGGCAUCCCCACGCCGUUCGUUGUCCAGCUGUGUGACGAGUGGGGAAACCCCUGUCAGGACAAGAGGGUGGUGGUAGAAUUGAAGUCUUCACCCCUGUCACUGAAGGUGACGACAGCUGCUAUUUCAAAACCUGUGAAUGAAGAAGGGAAAGCCUCUUUCACUGUUAACAGUCUGAGCGGACCAAAGGGGUACUAUCAGCUCGACUUUAAAGGUUCCCUCAACCAGAAACCCAUCCCUGGUCCAUCAGUGAAUCUUACUGUCAUCCCCGAUCCCACCAAACCUGUGAGCCUGACAGUGGAGUAUAACACCAAAGCCACGUUUCCUGCCGGAGGCAUCUUUCCAGUCUUCUUGGUGACCGUGGUGUCUGAUGAAGGAAGCCUGAUUACGACUUUUAACCCUGCUGCUGUGUCCAUGUUCCUGUGGGAGGUAACGCAAGAAGAAAGAACGCCUCCAAAAUCGGCCACUGAGCUGAAGUGUAGUAAACCCUUGGAGAUGGAGAGGAAAGACUGUUUUUACUUCAGAGAUAAAAAUAUCCCAGAACAGGUUGGAAGGUACAUCAUCCAGUUUUCUUUGCGAAUAGACAAAGCAAAAGUCCUGUACAGUAAACAGAUUCUCAUAAAUGUGCUGGCCAAUCGACCAGACAGACUGGGACCUGACUUGAGGCCAACAGCCCCAGUUGUUUUCUACAGUAACGCCAUUGCCCAGAGAACUUUGGUGGAGAAUAUGACUCUGAGGAUAAUGGACUCACAUGGAAACCCAGCAGGGAAGGAACUGAACGGGAAUGUAGUCGUAACUAUAAGAAACACGACUGGAGAUCACAACAAACGGCUCCCUCUGUUUGAAGACCAAACCAACAGCUUGGAAAUUAGCUUGGUACAAGGAAAGGCCCACAUCCCUAGGCUGGCUAUCAUGGAGAACAGCCCCGGUGAGCAUGGAAGUGAAUACAUGCUUGUCUUCACACCUGAAGUGUUUCUCACGCCGCUGGCUCCUUUUGAGCUCUCCUUCCGCUUUUACAAUGAUGCAGAGAACCAGCAGAAAAUGGCUGAGCUGUCUAGGAAGAAAGAUAAGCUCAUUGCUGAUGUUGCUGCAUGCAAAGACAUCUUGACUGCAAAUACCGAGUUACAUCAAAUGCUGAAGGAUCUUAAAAACAGUGCCAGUCAAAAAGAGGCAGCCCUUCGAAAGGAGCUGUUAGGGAGGAAUAUGAGAACAGGACAAACUAUCCCAGAAAUUGAAAGACUCAUGAGGGAAAAGAGAAUUGAAUUCGACAUGAUUCGAAAUCAGCCCAGAAGAGUUUGCUCUAUCCCUGAUCACUUCAGGGGGCAGCAGGAUGUUUUGGGAAAGGUUGGCCACCUGGCCUUUGUGCAGGAUGAUGAUGCAGCUCGGGUUAUCUCCUGGCAUAUCAGGGCUGACAUGGACUGUGUCAUCACCACAACGGACACAGCAGCAAAGAGGAUCUUUCACAGCACCCAAGGCAGGCAGCAGGUCAUGCCCCUCGAUGGUGUUUAUGUGAAACCAGGUGCAAGUUCGCUGCCGCACAGAAGAGAUGGCGGCAUGCUCUUUAAUCCUCCUGGGAACCCCGUCCUCGCCACAGAUCUCCUGAUUUACACCGGCGACGAUGAGAGCUGUAAAAAAGCUUUUAAAAACAUCCUCGGAGACACUAUAGUGAUUGAUGACCUCGACUCUGCUACCACGUACAGAAAGAUGGUGACGCAGCAUAAAAUGUUCUGUCCCACCAUCCUGACCAGGCAGGGCGAUAGGGUCAGUGGCAAGGGAAAGUAUGGAGGCACACAGAACAAAGCCCCACCGAUGAACGCACUGCAAGUGUUUGGAGCCCCCCUCCCACAGCGUUACGACGCUCUUUGUAAACACCUAGAGCUGCUCGGUGAGCACCGCAGAGCUCUGCAGAAGAGGGACGAGACAGCAAAGGAACUUGAAGAUCACUUGACAAAUAUGAGGUCUCCUGAAAUGCUGCAAAAGGAAGAAGAAAAAAAGGAGAAGGAGAAACAGCUGGAAGAGAUUGAAAGACAACUUGCAUCAGAAAGACCAGUGAAACGGGGGCUUGAGGCUGCUGGGGAGCCAUCUGGCAUCAUGUCAAAGAGAGCAAAGCAGUGAUCCAAACAGCCCGAAAGUUUGAGCAUGAACCGCUUUGGCUUUUAAAAAAAAUAUCAUUGUUAUUAUUAUUAUUAUUAUUAUUA